AUGCUCAAAGAAGAACCUGAGCGCAUCAUUAGAGUCCUGAUCAUCCCAGCGAUAAAACGGCUGAUCUCACUGCAGGUCUAACGAGGUGUGACGACAGCAUUACCAGGCUGGCUGCUGAUUUCCGCAGCACCAACGAGAGAAUUUACAAGAUGAUACGACAGCAUCACGGCUCCCAAACACUCAUGGAGUCCAAGCUCAGAGAUUUGGAAGCACAGGUCCGUUUGCAAUGCAGCAAAGCAGUGCGAGGACGCGCCCUAGAGCACACCAGCACACCAUCAAGCAACACACUGGACACAAAACUAACAGCCGCAGGGCAGAGCGGUCUGAGGGAGCAGGAGUGUGUGCUCAGGGACGCCGUGGAGAAGAUCGCCAAGCUGUGUCAGUCCAUCAAAAACAAAACUAGUAGCGAUGAGAAGGCCAUGGUGGAGAGAUGUGUCCAGCUGUCGGACAGGCUGACCAGACUGGAGAUUUCCCAGAGGAGGCGGGCCCCGCCACACCCCGACUGCAGCCUGGAGGAGUUGAUUGACAGCCGCAUCAGCAAACUGCAGAAGCAACUCUGGGAGGAGCUGCAGGAAAUGAAAGCAGAGACCAACAAUGGAUUUGCCAUCGUUCAUGACAGCCUGGGGUCUCUGAGGAAGGUCCUGGAGGCCAAGAUGAAGAUGGAGAGAGAUCGGCUCCUGAGGCGUCUUAGGGUGAAGGAGAUCGGCUCCUGAGGUGUCUUAGGGUGAGGGAGGAGAGAUCGGCUCCUGAGCUGUCUUAUGGUGAAGGAGAGAUAGGAGAGAUCGGCUCCUGAGCUGUCUUAUGGUGAAGGAGGAGAGAGAGGAGAGAUCGGCUCCUGAGCUGUCUUAUGGCGAAGGAGGAGAGAGAGGAGAGAUCGGCUCCUGAGCUGUCUUAUGGCGAAGGAGGAGAGAGAGGAGAGAUCGGCUCCUGAGCUGUCUUAUGGCGAAGGAGGAGAGAGAGGAGAGAUCGGCUCCUGAGGCAGUCUUAUGGUGAAGGAGGAGAGAGAGGAGAGAUCGGCUCCUGAGGCAGUCUUAUGGUGAAGGAGGAGAGAGAGGAGAGAUCGGCUCCUGAGGCAGUCUUAUGGUGAAGGAGGAGAGAGAGGAGAGAUCGGCUCCUGAGGCUGUCUUAUGGUGAAGGAGGAGAGAGAGGAGAGAUCGGCUCCUGAGGCUGUCUUAUGGUGAAGGAGGAGAGAGAGGAGAGAUCGGCUCCUGAGCUGUCUUAUGGUGAAGGAGGAGAGAGAGGAGAGAUCGGCUCCUGAGGCGUCUUAGGGUGAAGGACAAGAGAUCGGCUCCUCACCCUGAGGAGAGGGAGGAGAGAGAGGAGAGAAGACCCUAAGGCGUCUAAGAAGGCGGGAGGAGAGUGUGGCGGUGGAACAGGGGAGACAAGACAGGCUGCACGGACCACCUGUGUAUGGACACAUCCACAGAGAAGCACUUACUGGACCCACACACAAACACACUCUCUCUCUCUCUUUCACACACUCACACACACACACACACACACACAUACACACACACGCAGCACUGAAGAAUAGAGGUGUGGUGUGGGCUGUGGCCAUACUAACAUACAUACUAACAGUGGAGCAGUUUAGUAUUUUUCACAGAGAGUGGGAGAGAGAGAGAGAGAGAAAUAGAGAGAGACUGAGACAGAGAGGGAGUGGAAGAGAGAGAGA